AUGGCGGACGACAAGAUGAAGGGAAUGGAGCAUUCCGAAGUUCAUUACUUCAACAGCUACAAUCACCAUGGCAUCCAUGAAGAAAUGUUGAAAGACGAAGUUCGGACACGCUCCUACAUGAACGCCAUUGUGCAGAACAAGCACCUCUUCAAAGACAAGAUUGUCCUCGAUGUCGGCUGCGGAACCUCCAUUCUGUCCAUGUUCGCCGUCCGCGCAGGAGCCAAGCAUGUAAUCGGCGUCGACAUGUCAACCAUCAUCGAGAAAGCCCGCGAGAUCGUCGCCGUGAACGGGAUGUCAGACAAGAUCACCCUCCUGCAGGGAAAGAUGGAGGAAGUUGAGCUGCCGUUCCCGAAAGUCGACAUCAUAAUCUCGGAGUGGAUGGGGUAUUUCCUGCUGUAUGAGUCUAUGUUGGAUACGGUGCUGUAUGCGAGGGAUAAGUACCUGGCGCCCAAUGGGCUGAUUUUCCCCGACAAGGCGACGAUUUUCAUGGCCGGUAUUGAGGAUGGAGAGUAUAAGGAUGAGAAGAUUGGCUUCUGGGACAAUGUCUAUGGCUUCGACUACUCACCCCUCAAGCACACCGCUCUCACCGAACCACUUGUCGACACCGUCGAAAUCAAAGCCGUUGUCACCGACCCCACCGCCGUCCUAACCCUCGAUCUGUACACCUGCACGACCGCUGAUCUCUCUUUCGCCUCACCCUUCACGCUCGACUGCCGCCGCGACGACUUCGUACACGCCCUUAUCGCUUGGUUCGAUAUCGACUUCACCGCCUGCCACAAACCCAUCCGGUUCUCCACCGGCCCCCAUACAAAGUACACCCACUGGAAGCAGACGGUCUUCUACUUGCGGGAGGUGUUGACGGUACAGCAAGGAGAGCAAAUCAGAGGAGUCCUGGAGAACAAACCGAAUAGCAAGAAUAAGCGGGAUUUGGAUGUGAAGAUCAGCUAUCAGCUGGUGACGGACGAUCAGACGAGGGCUGCGGAGGGGAGUUGCGAGUAUAAAAUGUGUUAG